AUGAAACGUCUUUUUAGCAAAUCGCUAUGUACUUCGGCCGCCGGAGCCAAUCUCAAACCACCGCCGGCAGAUUCCGCCGCCAUAGCUAAGCUUAUCCUCUCUUCUCCGAACACAACUCACCAAGACGAUCAAUUUCUACUCUCCACCAAAACAACCCCAUGGACCCCAAAUCUCGUGAACUCUGUUCUCAAGCGACUCUGGAACCACGGCCCUAAAGCUCUCCAAUUCUUCCACUUCCUCGACAAUCACCACCGCGAAUAUGUCCACGACGCUUCCUCCUUCGAUCUCGCAAUCGACAUUGCCGCCCGUCUUCACCUCCACCCCACCGUCUGGUCACUCAUUCACCGUAUGCGCUCUCUCCGCAUCGGUCCUUCUCCCAAAACCUUCGCAAUCGUCGCCGAGAGGUACGCAUCCGCUGGGAAGCCCGAUAAAGCGGUUAAGCUGUUUCUGAAUAUGCACGAACAUGGUUGUUUUCAAGAUUUAGCUUCUUUCAAUACGAUUCUCGAUGUGUUGUGUAAAUCUAAACGCGUAGAGAAAGCUUAUGAGUUGUUUAGAGCUCUUAGGGGAAGAUUUAGUGUUGAUACAGUUACUUACAAUGUGAUUCUUAACGGUUGGUGUUUGAUUAAAAGGACGCCUAAGGCUUUAGAAGUUUUGAAAGAGAUGGUUGAGAGAGGGAUAAACCCUAAUUUGACUACUUAUAACACAAUGCUCAAAGGUUUUUUCAGAGCUGGGCAGAUUAGACAUGCUUGGGAAUUCUUCUUGGAGAUGAAGAAACGGGAUUGUGAAAUAGAUGUUGUCACUUAUACUACUGUGGUUCACGGGUUUGGUGUUGCGGGGGAGAUAAAGCGGGCGAGGAAUGUUUUCGAUGAGAUGAUUAGAGAAGGUGUGCUUCCUUCUGUUGCGACGUACAAUGCUAUGAUUCAAGUUUUGUGUAAGAAAGAUAAUGUGGAGAAUGCGGUUGUGAUGUUUGAGGAAAUGGUGAGGAGAGGUUAUGAGCCGAAUGUGACGACUUAUAAUGUGUUGAUAAGAGGGUUGUUUCACGCUGGAGAGUUUAGUCGUGGAGAGGAGUUGAUGCAGAGAAUGGAGAAUGAAGGCUGUGAACCAAACUUCCAGACAUAUAACAUGAUGAUCCGUUAUUAUUCGGAAUGCAGCGAGGUCGAGAAAGCGUUGGGUUUGUUUGAGAAAAUGGGGAGUGGUGAUUGCUUGCCAAAUCUAGAUACUUACAACAUACUGAUAAGUGGAAUGUUUGUGAGAAAAAGAUCAGAAGAUAUGGUGGUCGCUGGGAAUCAAGCUUUUGCAAAGGAGAUCUUGAGAUUGCAGAGUAAAUCUGGUAGCCGGCUUCUCCGGAAGUUCAGGCUAUGAAGUUACUAGUCUGCAUGUGAUUGGGGAUAGACUCUUGCUAUGUUUACAACAAUCAAUACUUCCCCAAAGCAUUGCAUUGCAGUUAAUAGAGACUGGACCAGGAAAGGCUUCAUAGGAUUUUGCAAGAACAGUUUAUUAUCAAUGCCAAAACUACACAAGUGCUUUAUUAUUCUGGGCAAAAAUUCAGUGCCUUUUACAGUAGCUGUGUUGUGAGUAUAGAAAAUGGAAUUGAUACAAUGUUGGAAAAUUCUUGGUGUAAAUAAAUGAUACAUGUGAAUUAGUUCCC